UGCGUUCUGCAACACAGUCAUGUCUGCAGCAGCUACUCACUGCACACACAGGCAUCAUCAAGUGCCACACACCACAGUAAGAUGAAGAAAAUGCCCCACAAGUGGUGAAGGAAGACUCAGCAGCAGCCUUACAAGCGGCUGUUUACAUGCUACAAACAACUGUCAGAUGCUGGACGUAGCGAGGACAGCUGUGGCGAGAUGGCGGCGCCGUCACUUCCGGCUGCUUGUCUCCAUCUUGUCCACACGCCAUGCACGUCCCUCACUGCGUCAACGCUUGUACAGGGUCACUGACGCCUGGAAAACACUUUCCACACUGGGCAGCAAGAUAAAAAAAGCAUGAUGGAGCUUCUGCGGAGGUUGCACAAGGCAGUGAAGGAGGGUGACAAAGCUGGCGUGGAGAGGGCUGUAGCAUCGGGGGCAGACAUGGACAUUGUCUGGGGCAUGGAGGGUACAGCCUUAUGUAAUGCUAUUUCUUCAGGUUGUCUUGACAUGAUCCUUUUGCUGAUGGAGCUAGGAUGUGACAUCAAUGCCCCAGACUUUGAUGGAGGUUCUCCCCUGUCACUGGCUAUACGGAAACACCAGGUGGACGCGUGUUUCAUUCUCCUCUCAAACCCUUUGUGUGAUGUGAACCAGCUCGACCCUGUGAGUAAAUGCUCACCACUAUGUUUAGCAGUAGUGGAGAAUAUCACCCCUGUGGUGGAAGCACUGGUGCAGGACUCACGCUGCAGGUAUGUGGAGGAUCUGGACCCAUCCCUACACCUUUCCCUGCAGUACAAGCAUUACGCAAUCACCAGUGUGCUAUCUCGUUGUGAUGCGUUGCGUAUGCUCCGUAAUGCAGCUGGUCUUGCACCAGUUCAUAUAGUAGCCCAGUUGGGUGACUUGGAGGCCUUUGAGCUUUUGUAUCCAUCUGACUGUAGGAGAGACGAGAUUUACCACCAAACAGGUGAACAUGGAGAGGAGCAUACAGUGUAUGGAGGCACUGCUAGUGCAAGUUUACUCAGCAAAGAACUUAAUCAGCGAUGCACGCUGACAGGAAACACCGCUCUUCAUCUGGCUGUGCGAGGAGUUCAUGUCAACAUUGUAGAAAGUCUUUUGAGACUGGGUGCUGAUGCAAACCUGCAGAACAAUGCUGGCCAGACAGCUUUGCUGUUAGCUUGUGCUCAGGGCCACAGAGAUCUGGCUCUCAUGCUUUUACAAGCUGGAGCUUCCCCGAACUUAACAGGGUUUUUGCGGGUUCAGCAACGCACUUUGUUAUUAAGUCAUUCCCGUGAAAGUACUUUAACUCCACUCCAUGUUGCUGCUGCAUCAGGUGAUCAGCCACUAGUGGCCAUGCUAUGUGAAUAUGGAGCAGAUGUCAACGCAUGUGAUGAACGUGGACGAUCGCCUCUUUAUCUUGCUCUCAUCAACUCAUCAAGUGAAGUGGCGCUAUAUUUGGUAAAGUCUGCAAAGAGCACAUUAAAGACACACAUCAGUCAAAUGUUGCGGGGCAACACGCUUUUGCAUGCGCGUGUCAUUGUUUCUCACACACCACAGAACUUGCAGAGCAACUUAUUGAGCUUGGCUGCAGUGUCAAUGCCCCAAACAGCAUGGGAAAUCUCCCUCUGCAUGAUGCCAUUUCACUUGAAAACAUAGACAUGGUUGCAGCUCUACUGAGCAAGGGGGCCAGUCCUUCCUGCAGAGGUGCUGAUGGUUGUCUUCCCCUGCGCAUGGCUGCUAUGACUGGAAGAAUAGACAUUGCACGCCUUCUUCUCAGUGCAGGAGCCAGUCUUGAAGGCAGGGAGGGCCUUGAACAGUUGGCACAGGAGGAGAGGGAGGAUGAGCAGUCUCCCCUGAAGGAGGCAUUAGAGUCAUGCAUGGUUGAUUUUGCACGCUUUUUGGUAGAAGCAGGUUGUGACCUGUCUUCACAAAGCUACCUUUUCAACUGCAAAACUUGUUCUAAAGAAUCAAGGGUUUUGGACAUCUCCGACGACAGCAGUGAAGAUGAGACUGAAGAAGGAAACGAUGACGCGCCAGACAUUGUGCAAGAAGAUCCUGAUUUAGUUGCUUGGCUGCAAAUGCAUGCAUGGAAUCCUAAGACCUUAAUGCAGUUGUGUCUUGAUGCUGUGCGCUUUCUGUUUCGCACUGGUGGUCGACAGUUCUCACAAAUGACAGCACUGCCAUUGCCAGAAAAAAUUAUAGCAAAGUUAUUUUAUAAAACAGAUUGAAAUCAG